CUGGCAGCUAAGCAGCAGGGUGCUUGGCAGGGUCGGUGGUGAGCCAUGGCGGCGGUGGUGGCGGCAGCGGCGGCAGUGCGGUCCCGGAUCCUGCAGGUUUCCUCUAAAGUAAACUCUACAUGGUACCCAGCAGCCUCCUUCUCCUCAUCAGUGCCAACUGUAAAGCUCUUCAUUGAUGGGAAAUUUGUUGAAUCCAAAAGUGACAAAUGGAUUGACAUCCACAACCCAGCCACCAAUGAGGUUAUUGGUCGGGUCCCUCAGUCCACCAAAGCUGAAAUGGAUGCGGCCGUGGCUGCCUGCAAACGUGCUUUCCCUGCAUGGGCAGACACAUCUAUUUUAACCCGCCAGCAGGUCCUGCUCCGCUACCAACAACUUAUUAAAGAAAACCUGAAAGAAAUUGCCAGGUUAAUCACAUUGGAACAAGGAAAGACUCUAGCUGAUGCCGAAGGAGAUGUAUUCCGAGGCCUUCAGGUGGUCGAGCACGCCUGCAGUGUGACAUCCCUCAUGCUGGGAGAGACCAUGCCAUCUAUCACCAAAGACAUGGACCUUUAUUCCUACCGCCUGCCUCUGGGUGUGUGUGCAGGCAUCGCACCAUUUAAUUUUCCUGCCAUGAUCCCCCUUUGGAUGUUUCCCAUGGCUAUGGUUUGUGGAAAUACUUUCCUAAUGAAGCCAUCAGAGCGAGUACCCGGAGCAACAAUGCUUCUUGCUAAGUUGCUUCAGGAUUCUGGUGCCCCCGAUGGAACACUGAACAUUAUCCACGGACAGCAUGAAGCUGUAAAUUUUAUUUGUGAUCAUCCAGACAUCAAAGCAAUCAGCUUUGUGGGAUCCAACCAGGCAGGAGAGUACAUCUUCGAAAGAGGGUCAAGAAAUGGCAAGAGGGUUCAAGCCAAUAUGGGAGCCAAAAACCAUGGGGUAGUCAUGCCAGAUGCCAAUAAGGAAAACACCCUCAACCAACUGGUUGGGGCAGCAUUUGGAGCUGCUGGCCAACGUUGCAUGGCUCUCUCAACAGCCAUCCUUGUGGGAGAAGCAAAGAAGUGGCUGCCGGAACUGGUGGAGCGCGCCAAAAAUCUUCGGGUCAAUGCAGGAGACCAGCCUGGAGCUGAUCUUGGCCCUCUGAUCACCCCUCAGGCCAAAGAGCGAGUGUGCAAGCUAAUCGAUAGUGGAACAAAAGAAGGUGCGUCUAUCCUUCUGGAUGGGCGGAAAAUUAAAGUCAAAGGCUAUGAAAAUGGUAACUUUGUCGGACCAACCAUCAUCUCCAAUGUCAAGCCAAGUAUGACUUGUUACAAAGAGGAGAUUUUUGGUCCAGUUCUUGUGGUUUUAGAGACAGAAACACUGGAUGAAGCCAUCAAGAUUGUAAAUGACAACCCAUAUGGAAACGGAACCGCCAUCUUCACCACCAACGGAGCCACUGCCCGGAAAUACUCUCACAUGGUGGAUGUCGGACAGGUGGGCGUGAAUGUUCCCAUUCCAGUGCCUUUGCCCAUGUUCUCCUUCACCGGCUCGAGAUCCUCCUUCAGGGGAGACACCAAUUUCUAUGGCAAACAGGGCAUCCAAUUUUAUACUCAGUUAAAGACUAUCACAUCUCAGUGGAAAGAAGAGGAUGCUACUCUCUCCUCACCUGCUGUAGUCAUGCCUACCAUGGGGCGUUAGAAACAAGUUCUUCCGAGACUCAGCCCAGCCUGAGUAAUUUCCUGUCAUUCUUGGCAACCUUCACUUGGCAUCUUUGCUCAAAUCAGAUCCAUGAGAAUGGAAUACGUUACAACUAAACUCUUUCUCAGAAUGCUCAGUCCCUUGAAAGUUGUAGGAAGACUACAGGUAACACACCAGGUCUUCACUUGUUCGUCAUGCUUCUGUUUUUGAGGUAACUGUUGUGUGAUGAGUUUACCUAAAAUGAGAGCUUAGAACUGUCUUCUAACAAUGCUGUUCUUCUGGUGACUUGGAGGAAAAUUACCAGCAUAGGGAUAGAUCUUCCAGUAAUGAAACAAUUCACCCUCUGGUUAAGCCUCAAACACAGCCCUCCAUCAAUUUCCACACUACAUGAUAUGUAACCUAUUUUUACUUAUCCCAACAUUGUGACAACUGCUUUUCUGCUCAAUACCACUUCCUUCUGUGUGUUUCAUGCUCACCACUUAAUUCUAUCAUUGCCUGUGUUCUUUCUUUUUAAAAUACUUCUCAAGGAUACCUCAGGAUGCAAGUGAUAAAUUAGCUUUUUGUUACAUGUGCCAUGUUUCAUGGUUUGCUUCAGUAAUCAUUAAAUCAAUACUCUAGGCAUUAAUUCAGGUGCAAAUAAAUCCUUAGAAAAAUUAUUUCACAAGCUAUUUUUGAUCCAGAAAUCAAAGAAUCUCCAAUCUUAAAAAGAGGUAAGACUCUUGCCUUAUACAAGCUUAACCUACUAUUUGCCAAAUUUUAUGUUAUUCUUUCUUUUGCCAGCAUUUCUCAUUAGUUGAUACUUUUUAAAACUCUUCAUAUAGAAUAAUUAAUUGGGCUACAAAAAACUUCAAAUUCUCAUGUGUUGACAGUAUUUAGCCACCACUUAUUCAACUGCCUUUAAACUUGCUUUUAAUCUAAACCUUAAGUCAGAAGAGGCUGAUGUGCUGAACAAAACAGUUUGUUUCAUCUGCCUGGCUUUCUGAACUAGACGGCUGAGGGCUCCUUAAUUUUUAGCGCUUCAAGAGGUGUGGCCCUGGUCAUUUAUUUUCCUCUGUUCUGUACGGUGUUGCUCUAGUCCACUGGGUUAUUUGGUAAAUUAAAAUGAAGGUGGUAAAAAAAAAAAAAACAAACGUGAAAAUUCCUACUCCGUGGAUAUAGGAUUAUUAGAGUAUUCCACCUCUGGUAGAGCCUUUAGACACUUUAACAAAACACAACUGACUUGUUUUCUAUCCAAAAGCUAAGUAGACAUGUAUAGUUUGUGACUACAAAGCCCUUUGUUUUCUUAUAAAUCACAGUUUAUAAUUCAAUCCAACAAUUUUGGGCUGGGUUGAAAAGUGGUUAUUAUCUAAAUUCCAAGUAGAAUUUAACCACAUGAUCCCUAAUAUUUUCCUUAGAUAUUAAGAAAGUUACUUUUAAAAAAUUAUGACCAGGGGCCUGAAGAGAUGGCUCAGAGGUUAAGAACAUUGGCUACUUCCAGAGGUCCUGAGAUCAGUUCCCAGAAAUCACAUCGUGGCUCACAACCAUCUAUAUAAUAAGAUCUGGUGCCCUCUUCUGGCAUGCAGGCAGAACAUUGUAUUCAUAAUAAAUAAAUCUUAAAAAAAAUUAUGACUAAUCAGAACUGUGUUACUCUAAUUAGAAUCAACUGAUUUGGCCAGCUACUUGUGCUCAAAAGAAUCUUUUGUUUUUUAGAUGAAAUCUAUAGUUAUAUUCAGGUUAGUAUCACUAAAACAGAAAAAAACAGCAUUUUUCUUUUUGUUCUUAGAUGGCCUCAUUUGUAUUUUGUCAGAUUCUAUACUGAUUAUGCAUAACAAAGUACAAAUAAAACAACCCUUAGGGGAAAAAAAAUACA